GAAAAAUAAUAUCACUUUUAAUUAAAAUCAGUUCAAAAAGAUCGUUAAAAAUGAAGCUCGUCUGGCCAACACUGCUCGCCCUAUUUCUUCUCAUCGGAACCUUGGCCAACGCCGAAUCCACGGAGGAGACCCUCCCCUCAACAGAAUCCGAACCGUCUUCAGCUACCAUAGAGGACGACCAACCAGAAAAGCCAACCGAAAAUCCCGAACCGUCAUCCCCAGCUUCGCAAGAUGACGACCAGCCAAAAGAGCCUACCGAGGACGGGGGAGAGUCCUCUGAGCCUGACGACGAUGACUCCGAGAAGCCAUCGAAAAAGGGCGAAAAAGUGCCAGGUGCCGGGAAGGGACCGUCCCAGAAGGGAAGCUAUGCCGCGACCUACCAGGAAAUUGUCAAAAUUCUUGACUCCGUCGACUUUAAAUCGAUCGAAGAUCUGCACCUGCAGCGGAUGCUGGAGAAUGCCUUCCAGGCGAGGGUUCGCAACCCCGUUCUGGAGCAAACCGGUCAAAUUGCGGACUUUGGUGCGAUUAAGAGCUGCUUUGGGAAACUAACCGGAGAGGUGAAGAAGCUCAUCAACGCCGCCAAGAAGCAGUUUAAAACGUGCAAAACGGGGGGUGGAAAUUCGUCCGGUUGCACCGAUCAGCAGGAGAACGCCUUCGCGGAUGGCGUCAUCAACCUGGCCACGACCCUGCAGGGUUGCAUCUCGAGUAAGCGGAAGGAUUGAGAAGGGGUAUUUCACAAAGGUCUUAAAACUAACGAAAACGAAAUAAAACAAAUCGAUUGUUUUGUUUUCUUUCUGGCGAAACGUGGAUAAAUAUACCUUUAUUGAAACUCUUUCUCCGAAAUUUGAUUUUGGGUCGUUACAUCGAAUCUUACACAGGUUGGUUGUUAAGAAGUUUCACUUUGUCACAGGAAGCAGGGUGGACCAAAAGGGCUCAACUUUUGUUUUAUUUCUUUUUUUUGUUUUCUUUUUUUUGCGGUGAGCUUCCUCUGUGGUUCCCUGUUCUUGUGUUUUUCUUUAUGUUUUUUUUUGUUUCAUUUAUUUGGGACUUGUUUUCUUUUGCUGCCUUCCCUUUAAUUAUGUUUUUUUUAUGAAUUGUUUUUCAUCUAAAUUUUAUCAAUGUUUGAAUGAUCUUUUUUAUUAGAGAAUUUUCGAUAAGUAUUCCUUUUCUUCAAAUAUAUUUAGCAAGGUUGUUAAUCGAUAGAAUUAUCGUCGAUAAUAUUAUCGUCUAACGAAAACGAUAAUCGUUGUCGUUGGGACGAUAACGAUAAUAUAUCGUUAGGCUGGUACAAAUAUUUUUAAAAGUUUUUGUCACCCCCCCCCCUUCAAAAUUGGCCCGAAAAAUCAGGGGGCAAAAAAAUAUUUUUACAGUAAACUUCAAAAUUUCAAUGAAAAUUCAAGUGCAACCAGCUGAAAUCAAAUUAAAAUACAUUCUUCUGCGUUUAAAAUCAUUUUUAGCAUGUUUGGGUUUAUUAAAAAAUCUUAAGAUUUUUUGAAAAUUUUCGAUGCAAAAUCUUUUUUUUCGAUACAAUUUUUGUUUUUGUCAGAUCUUAGAUUUUUUGAAAACUAAUGAUUGCAAAACAACUGAACUAGUGUAAAAUGGAUUUUAAAACACCUUUUUCAUUUAAAUGUGAAGACUAUGGCUUGUUAUUUAAAUUUUUAUAUUUUUUUAUUUUUUUGCCCCCCCCCCCUUGACCUCGGUCAGGGCCGAGGGACAAAAACUUUUUUAAAUAUUUGCAUCGGCCUUAUCGUUAUUCCGAUAACUCUAUCGGCGAUAAUUUUAUCGACGAUAACGGACGAUAACUUAUAUUUCUAGAUUAAAUUUUCAAAACAACCUAUCCCUCAUGGGUUUCCUAUGCAGAUAGGGCCUUUUGAAAAUUUAAUCGAGAUUUAUUAUAUUUCUAGAAUUGACUAAAACCAACCAAAUCAUGUUGAAUGUUCAUGCUUCUUCUAAGUAAUUAUUUUUUUGAUAUGGUAACCACUGACGACGUCAGUGUGGUAACUUUCAAAAUAUAAAUACUACAAAAAAUCACAAAAUACCGUAUGAAAUUACUCAAAUUAUUAUAAUUUACAAUACGGGUAUCAAACGAUUCGGAAUUUUGCAUGUAUUUUCACUGUUUUAGAAUUUUUUGAAUGAAAUACUAAAAUUUUCAUAAAAUACCGUAUUUUUUUAAAGUACUCAAAUUUUCAUGAUUUGCAAUAUGGGUAUCAAACGAUUUCAAAUUUUGCAUGUAUUUUCACUGUUUUAGAUUUUUUUGAAUGAAAUACUCAAAUUUUCACAAAAUACUGUAUUUUCUCGAAAAUACUAAAAAAAUUAUAAUUCGCAAUAUGGGUAUCAAACGAUUCGAAAUUUUGCAUGUAUUUUAACUGUUUUAGAGUUUUUUGAAUGAAAUACUCAAAUUUUCACAAAAUACCGUAUUUUUUUUAAAGUACUCAAAUUUUCAUGAUUUGCAAUAUGGGUAUCAAACGAUUCGAAAUUUUGCAUGCAUUUUCACUGUUUUAGAGUUUUUUGAAUGAAAUACUCAAAUUUUCACAAAAUACCGUAUUUUCUCGAAAAUACUAAAAAAAUUAAAAUUUGCAAGAUGAGUAUCAAACGAUUCGAAAUUUUGCAUGUAUUUUAACUGUUUUAGAGUUUUUUGAAUGAAAUACUAAAAUUUUCACAAAAUACCGUAUUUUCUCGAAAAUACUCAAAUUUUUAUAAUUCGCAAUAUGGGUAUCAAACGAUUCGAAAUUUUGCAUGCAUUUUCACUGUUUUAGAGUUUUUUGAAUGAAACACUAAAAUUUUCUCAAAAUACCGUAUUUCCUCGAAAAUAAUAAAAAUUUUAUAAUUCGCAAUAUGGGUAUCAAACGAUUCGAAAUUGUGCAUGCAUUUUCACUGUUUUAGAAUUUUUGAAUGAAAUACUAAAAUUUUCACAAAAUACCGUAUUUUCUCGAAAAUACUCAAAUUUUUAUAAUUCGCAAUAUGGGUAUCAAACGAUUCGAAAUUUUGCAUGUAUUUUAACUGUUUUAGAGUUUUUUGAAUAAAAUACUAAAAUUUUCACAAAAUACUGUAUUUUUUCAAAAAUACUCAUAUUUUUAUAAUUUGCAAUAUGAGUAUCAAACGAUUCUUAAUUUUGCAUGUAUUUUCACUGUUUUAGAGUUUUUUGAAUGAAAUACUCAAAUUUUCACAAAAUACCGUAUUUUCUCGAAAAUACUCAAUUUUUAUAAUUCGCAAUAUGGGUAUCAAACGAUUCGAAAUUUUGCAUGCAUUUUCACUGUUUUAGAGUUUUUUGAAUGAAAUACUCAAAUUUUCACAAAAUACCGUAUUUUCUCGAAAAUACUCAAAUUUUUAUAAUUCGCAAUAUGGGUAUCAAACGAUUCGAAAUUUUGCAUGUAUUUUAACUGUUUUAGAGUUUUUUGAAUGAAAUACUAAAAUUUUCACAAAAUACCGUAUUUUUUUAAAGUACUCAAAUUUUCAUGAUUUGCAAUAUGGGUAUCAAACGAAGCGAAAUUUUACCUGCUUUUUCAUUCAAAAAACUCUAAAACAGUUAAAAUACAUGCAAAAUUUCGAAUCGUUUGAUAACCAUAUUGCGAAUCAUAAAAAUUUGAGUAUUUUCGAGAAAAUACGGUAUUAUGUGAAAAUUUUAGUAUUUCAUUCAAAAAACUCUUAAACAGUAAAAAACAUGCAAAAAUUUCGAAUCGUUUGAUACCCAUAUUGCAAAUUAGAAAAAUGUUAGUAUUUUCAAAAAAUACGGUAUUCUGUGAUUUUUUUGUUAGUAUUUAUACUUUGAAACUUACCAUAUUAUCAAAAAAAAAUUACUAAGAGGAAGCUUGAAAAUUCAACAUAAGUUGGUUGGUUUUAGUCAAUUUUAGAAAUAUAUUAAAUAUAAGUUAUCGUCCGUUUUCGAUGAUCAAAUUAGCGCCGAUAGAAUUAUCGGAAUAACGAUAACGAUAGAACUAUCGUUAUCGUUAUCGAACCUCGAUUAUUUUAUCGUUAACAACCUUGAUAUUUAGAUGCUUUUGUCAUUUGAUCCAUUUCACGGUAAAAAUUUAAAUUUCACAGACAUUUUAAUGAUUUCAUUUUUAAAGUUGUUACUCUCUUCAAUGAAUUACUUUUUCCCGUCUCUGCAUUUUUUAUUUAAGUAAAUUAAUAUAAGUUCAAUUACAGAUGUUUCUCCCUCGAAUUCUUCUCUCAGCUCGGCAUUUCUCUACUGCAAGUAAUUUUACUUGCCCCCCAGUUUGUGUGUGUGUGGAAAAUAGCCAUAGUGAAUGGUGUGUUUUACUAUUUACAAAUAUGUUGUUACGUAAAAUAUGCUCUUCUUUCUCUUCUCCCUCGCCAAAAAGGGGGCUUUGCUUUUCCUUCCAAUCGGAAACUCUACGCGUGAAAAUGUACCACUAACAAAUAAUCUGCUAAACAUUCAACUGUCUCUGCGUAUUUUUUUUUGUUUCUGUUCUAGUAUUUUUUUCCUCUUCCAGCAAAUCUUCAAUAAUUCAGUAAUUCUGAUUUUCUUUUCAAACUGUGUCUUCACAAAACUACGAAUGAUUGCACUUUUUGAUCGCAACUAUAGUGUCGAAAGUAGUUUUCUUCUUCCUCUGUCUGUUUGGUUGGUGAAUUUUGUAAGUGUGUGUGAAAAAAAAGUGUGUGUUAGC